AUGAAGCCCAUACUCGGUUCAAUUGAAGUCGAGGUCCCCAUGCCAUUCACUCUCCUCGUAGUCCCAAUUGUCAUCCAGUGCGUCGCUGAGCUGCCGGACGAAUUCCUGCGAGCCACACCGGUCGAUGGCAUGCUCUACUGGAACUUGGUAGCUGGCAUCCCACAUGCGGUCAUGCCCAGCCCUAUAUCCAAGCUGCUUCUCCUUCACUUCGACAAACCGGCGGUCGCUCGCGUGGGUCCUCGGGAAUUACAGGGGUCGACCGUAUCCCACGCGGGGUCGUAUUACAGGGCCAUGAGAGCCGGCCGGGUUGCGAGUUUCUGGAUCUGCUCCCUGAGCUCCCACGGGAGACACGAGAAGAAAUGGAAAUCUGCUGCCAUUUUCGGGUCGAGGGCGCAUGCCGCGGACUCAGCUGGGAAAGGUACCCACCUAAAGGGCACCAGGGCCGAGAUGAGAGCAGAAGAAAAUCGGUACAAGUGUAGCUCAAUAUAG